AUGGCUGAUACAAUGAGUGUCUUGGAAAUGUUUAGUCCUAAUCAAAAUAUUAGUUUAAAAGAAACAAAAAAUUAUCGUCAGAAUGGUUCUAUAAAUUCAAAUGAAAUAACUACUCCAUCAAUUAAAUCAUUAUCAUUAUUAGAAAAUAUAGAUAAAAAAUCAAAUGAUUGUUUAUCAUUAGAACAUAAUCAAUCUGAUUCAUUAUCCGCUUAUGAAAAAUUAACAACAUGGAAAAAAUCUAUUGAAACAUAUUUAAAUCAUAUUUAUUUCAAUAAACUUACAGAAAUAGAUAAUUUAUUAGCUCAUGGACAAAAUCAAAUUGAUAUUAUAUUUAAAAAAAUACCAUCAUUUGAACAAUUAGUUACAAUUACAAGUCAACAACAAACUAUUGAUCAUACAUAUGAUGAUAUUGAACUUGAUUAUACUAAUUCUCAAUUAUUUGAUUUAACAAGUAAUAAUACAUUACUUUGUACAUCAAAUUAUUAUGCAUUAAUUUAUGAUGACAUUACAUCAAAUUUAAUUUUAUAUAAUAAUCAAUCAAAAUUAAAUUCAUAUCUAUGGAAUAUUGAUGAAUAUGGUCAACCAUGUGAUUUAACAUAUUCAUAUUAUUUAAAUAUAUAUUGUAUAAUAACAAAUCGUGGUUUAUUUACAUGGUCAUAUGAAAAUCCAUUUAUACCUUUAUAUAUUGAUUCAAUAAAACCUAUACAUGGAAAUCGUUUAUGGACAAUAGCAUCAACUGAUACACGAUCGGAUGUAUUUAUAUUAUUUAAAUCAGGUAAUUAUAUUGAAAGAUGGAAUUCUAAAAUUGAUACAAAAUCUUGGCAACAUAUAAAACGUUGGUCAAAUCAUGAAUUAUUUGAACGUAAUGAUCAACGUAUCAGAACAAUACGAAUGACAUCAAAUUAUGUUGCAUGGACUGUUGAAUCAACAAAAAUAUUUGAAUGGCGAGUAGAUUUACUUGAUUAUAAUUUACAAAUUAUUCGACAAGGUAUUAAAAUAGAUUAUUUAAAUAAACAUUCAUCAUGUUUAUUAUCUAAUUUUGGUUUGGAACAAUAUCUUAUUGUUGAUAGUAAUGGACAUUUAUUAUUUUUACUUGAUUCAAAUGGUUAUAUUAAUUUAAAAAAUGAUGAUAUUACAAAUAAACGUAUUAAUAAUGCUGUUUUUAUGAAUAACAAUAAUCAACAAUGGCUUAUCGUUCGAUUAGAACAACCAAAUCAAUUGCAUUUUAUUCCAUUAUUAAACAAAACAGACAAUAAAAAAUAA